GAGCCGCACGGCGGAGAGGCUGCGGCUCUGCCUUGGCGCGACAGGAUGUGGUUAGUACCUUGAGGAACUGCAGACUCCAAAGAGCAAGGCUUAGACUGGCAGGCUGGAUUGAGAGAGCAGAUGCCUGGGAAGAACUCAAUUUAACCCUAGGUCCCUUUGUCCAGGGCAAAUAAAAGGAGCAAAGGUGAACCCCCCUGCAAAGGACCACAAGGCAAUGCCAAGACGAGAGAAUUGGAGUGACCUGGGUGAUUCUGAGUGAAUCAAUCAGGGAGGGCUUCCUGGAGGAGGCUGAGGCCCCUGGGUGUAGCCGCUACACCCUACCGAGCUAUUUCCAGUGUCGGGCCCCCCCGCUCAGAGCUGACCCAGCCAGGGUCCCCGUGGGCUCCCGAGGAUGCGGCUCUUCCGCAGACGCCACAUGCACCUGCGCCUGGCCAUGGUGGGCGGUGCCUUCAUGCUCUUCCUCUUCGUGCUGCACCGGGAUGUAAGCAGCUCGGAACGGGCCACCGAGAAACCAUGGCUGAAGUCAUUGGUGAGCCAGAAGGAUCACGUCCUGGACCUCAUGUUGGGGGCUGUGAACAACCUUAGAGAUUCGAUGCCUAAGCUCCAGAUCAGGGCUCCAGAGCCCCAGGAGACAGCUGUCUCCACAAACCAGUCCUGCUUGCCUGGGUUCUACACCCCAGCUGAGCUGAAGCCCUUCUGGGAACGGCCACCCCAGGAUCCCAAUGGCCCUGGGGCAGAUGGGAAAGCAUUUCAGAAGGACAAGUGGACCCGCCUGGAGACCCAGGAAAAGGAAGAAGGCUAUAAGAAGCACUGCUUCAACGCCUUUGCCAGUGACCGGAUCUCCCUGCAGAGGGCCCUGGGGCCAGACACCCGACCCCCUGAAUGUGUCGACCAGAAGUUCCGCCGCUGCCCCCCACUGCCCAGCACCAGUGUCAUCAUCGUGUUUCACAACGAGGCCUGGUCCACGCUGCUACGGACCGUGUACAGUGUACUGCACACCGCCCCUGCCGUCCUGCUGAAGGAGGUCAUACUGGUGGAUGACGCCAGCACUGACGACUACUUAAAGGAGCAACUGGAGCAGUACGUGAAGAAGCUGCAGGUCGUGAGGGUGGUGCGGCAGGAGGAGCGGAAGGGCUUGAUCACCGCCCGGCUGCUGGGGGCCAGCGUGGCCCAGGCGGAGGUGCUCACCUUCCUGGAUGCCCACUGUGAGUGCUUCCAUGGCUGGCUGGAGCCCCUCCUGGCUCGCAUUGCCGAGGAAGAGACGGCGGUGGUGAGCCCAGACAUCGUCACCAUCGACCUGAACACUUUUGAGUUCUCCAAGCCCGUCCAGAGGGGCAGAGUCCACAGCCGUGGCAACUUUGACUGGAGCCUGACCUUUGGCUGGGAGACUCUCCCCGCCCACGAGAAGCAGAGGCGCAAGGAUGAGACCUACCCCAUCAAAUCCCCGACGUUUGCCGGCGGCCUCUUCUCCAUCUCCAAGUCCUACUUUGAGCACAUCGGUACCUAUGAUAAUCAGAUGGAGAUCUGGGGAGGGGAGAACGUGGAAAUGUCCUUCCGGGUGUGGCAGUGUGGGGGCCAGCUGGAGAUCAUCCCCUGCUCUGUGGUAGGCCACGUGUUCCGUACCAAGAGCCCUCACACCUUCCCCAAGGGUAUCAGUGUCAUUGCUCGCAACCAAGUGCGCCUGGCUGAGGUCUGGAUGGAUGGCUACAAGGAGAUUUUCUAUCGGAGAAAUAUGCAGGCAGCGAAGAUGGCCCAAGAGAAAUCCUUCGGGGACAUUUCGGAGCGACUGAAGCUGAGGGAACAACUACACUGUCACAACUUUUCCUGGUUCCUGAACAACAUCUACCCAGAGAUGUUUGUUCCCGACCUGAAGCCCACCUUCUAUGGAGCUAUCCGGAACCUCGGCAUCAGUCAGUGUCUGGAUGUGGGUGAGAACAACCACGGGGGGAAGCCCCUCAUCAUGUACACCUGCCACGGCCUGGGUGGCAACCAGUACUUUGAGUACACAACCCAGCGGGACCUUCGCCACAACAUCGCAAAGCAGCUGUGUCUACAUGCCAGUGCUGGCACUCUGGGCCUGAGGAACUGUCACUUCACUGGCAAAAACAGUCAAGUCCCCAAGGAUGAGGAAUGGGAAUUGACCCAGGACCGGCUAAUCAGGAACUUGGGAUCUGGUACCUGCCUGACAUCUGAGGAUGAAAAGCCAGCCAUGGCCUCCUGCAAUCCCAGUGAUCCCCACCAGCAUUGGCUCUUCAGCUAAGCCUCGAUCACCCCCAUGGGAGUUCCCAAGGGGAACCAAGCCUCUCAGGAAAUAGGAUUUUGGGGAAACUGAUAUUUGAGAACCUGAUUAUCAGCUUCUCUAUAGGCCUUAAAGAUGGAUUUCAAAACCCAGUGGAUAUCAAAGCAGGAUCUUACUACUUUUGCAACACAGGGCCCAUUUUCCUUCCUCCAUGCUGAUGAAAGAGACCGUCGGAACAUAUGAUACCUGGCCUAGAGCUUGCCUCCUGUCCUUGAAACAGACUUCCAAGCAGAGAAGGCAGCCUGGGUAGGGCCCAAGGCAGCAAUGCUGAAUUCAAGAAAAGUCCUU